AUGUGGUGGAAGGUGCCCCUGCUUGUGGGGUUCAUUGUGCUGGGCACACAUGUCUGCAGCUGCAAAUUUGUAGACACUGAUAAGAACUUGGAUUAUUUCGCCAGUGCUGUGGAGUAUGCUGUGUUUCAGUUCAAUGAGGACCAGGAGGAUGAAUUUGCCUACAAGUUGCUGCAUGUCCACAGGAGUCAACGCAAGACAUGGACAUGGACAUAUUUAAUGGACUUGACGAUGGGGCGUACCAUUUGUAAGAAACACGAUGAAGACAUUGACAAUUGCCCAUUGCAAGAAGGAACAGAAGAGAAAAUGUUUACCCGCCUGAACAGCACCUGUGGGGAGAGAAGGUGGUGA